GCCAGUCUCAAGAGAGGGGCUGGAGGGCUGCACAGGCACACCAAGCUGUGGGGCCCCCCUGAGAAGAACCUCUCAAUGGAAAAGGACCAGGCUGGUGAGCCCAUCAUAGACCAGCUCCUUAACACACAGCACAAGGCAGAGUACUGGUCCACGUUUUGGCGAGUGGAGCAGCAAACCCCGCAACAGCAGGCCUGUUGGUCGAAUUUCCGUGCAGCGGCUCGCAAGCGCAGCUACGCGCUGGAGCCAACCACCUCACAGGAGGUAGCUGAAGUGGUGAAAGUGUUUGAGCCAGUCAUUGAGAUGGGAGCUGACAGGACCAAUCCGCGCUGGUGGAGCCAGCUGCCACAAGAAGGGGUCCUCCACCUCGCCUACUUCCUCAAUCUCGCCGAACAGUCCCUGGCAUGGCCUGCCCAUAUCAUAGUCAAUGUGGUCCAGCUCAUGUACAAAUCAGAGCAGCCGGACAGACCGAUCGCCCUCACCCAGGCGACGUGUCGAGUUUGGUCCAGGAUCCGACGGCCACAAGUAGCAGACUGGGCCGAGUUCAACGUACAGUUCUGGGACAAAGCAGUUGCAGGCUCGAGCUGCUUGAGAGCGGCGCUGCGCAGAUACAUCCAUUUAGAUAUGGCCACGGUUCAAGGCAUCUCGUGGUGUGAGGCGUCGAAAGGCAUCCUAGCAGGAUGCAGCCAGAGCGUGGACAUGUCAAGACUGGCGUUAUUUCAAAUGGUAACAGAACAUCACGCUCAGUGCAUCCCAGUAUACUUCCAGAGCUGGGUAGACGAUGUCGCACAGGCGGCCAUAGGCACGGAGCGAGACGCGAUUGAAAAGACAACGAGGGCGGCGACAGCGUUCGCCAACCAGAGCAAGGAGCAAAGCCUCCGCAUAUCGGUCAAGAGUACGUUAGUCUCCAACCCACCCCGCAUAGCCAAGGCUGUCCAAUCCAGGCUGCUGCGGGUCGGGGUCGCACUUAAGGCCAGCCAAUUCGUCGAGGGCCCUGGAGUGGACGGCGCGCCUCGUCGCAGGGCCACAGUCAGUGGCAAAACGCGACGGCAGGCCAGUGCCGCCCGAGGCGCGAUGAUCAAGCGAGUAGCCAAGACAGCCAGGAGCGCCACCGGCUUGACCAAGACUGGUUCCAUUCCGCAGGAUCGCGGGCAGGCGCUCGAGAUAGCGCGGGGGAAGGCCUGGACAGCGCUGACAGCUACCAGUAAAUGGAGCCGAGUCAAGGGCGCGCUCGCAGCCGCAGCUGCCGCCCUGCAAGAUAUUGGUUUCUCCCCGCAGUCUCCCCGGCGCUGGCGGAACCAAGAUGGGGGAGAGAUAGACCUGGAGAAGGAUGGUCCCGAGCGC